AUGGCACGGCCAGAACAGCCCUCGCACUUCACACUCCAUGUAUUCGUCAAUCAUAACCCUACGAUGGCUCGAGUCCUACUCCCCGAUCUCUUCGCCGACUUCCCAGACUCGGCGUGGGAGCUUCCUCCACUCAUCAGCCUACCUCCACGCUCUCGGGAGAAGCCAAAGCGUGAGGAGUGGGUUUCUGCGGACCCCAGGACAGCGUUGGGACGCCACGUCUUUUCGGAGCCUGUGGCAGGCAACACUACGCUACUGCAGUUGUCCGAAGAAGUGGAACGAGAGUUUGGCGUUCUCAAGAAGUACCAAGGCCAAGAGAUUCUAAAAGCGUACGCCCCUGUUCUGCAUCUGGUGUUGGAAACCAAACCAGUGGCGCUCGAGCGCGUCCUGGGUGGUGGAUUCUUGGAGAAAGAGAUUGGAUCACCUGAGAAGUUUUUUGGCACCAUACUCAACGAUCAGUACAACAGCUUCGGGAGGUAUUAUCGAGAGAAUUUGCGGUGGUCACGAUUGGGAUCAACUUUGCACGCUUGGCGAAUGGCAACGUUCGCUCACGCGUACCUGGCGAAGCAGAGGGAGAAGAGCCGAUUAAGGCCUGACGACGACGACGAGCUGAGAAGGAUGAUUCGACGGGUCGGCGAGAUUCAAGGGACGCUGGCACUACGCCCCGGCCUUUCUCCGCAGGAGAGGCAAGAUCUGGACUCCACACUGAACACCCUUCUCCCAAGGAUUAGGCAGAUGGUGGCAAACGAAUCGAACGGGCGCCAGGACUUGAGACAGCUUUCCAUAUUUCUGGCGCAAUGGGAUCGUUGGAUGGAAGACGGGGACUUUGGGACCUUGACCUUCUCCGUUUUGGAACCCGACGAGGUCGAGCUCAAGGUGGCGUCCCUGGUUCGUCGGGUGAGGCAGUUUAUUGAUGAGUGGAAAUCAUCGGAGGCCAAGCGGCAACUCGAGGCAUCGAUAAUUGAUGAAUUCUACCUCGUACGGCCUUGGCUAACGGAGGACGACCGAACACGCGCAGAAACAGAUGCACUCGAAAGAUUGAAAGGCGAAAGAUUGCAACUCGAAAGAUCGAAACAGCGUGCAGACCUGCCCCAGCCAACCGUCCAGGCCGAGCCGGAGGGCGCUGAUGCAUGGAUGGGCAACAAUAUUGUGCCGCCUCCACCGAUUCAGGCGCACGCCAUACGCGAUAUUGAUGGAACGUUCCUCUCGGACCAGUCGGGCUUCACGGUUAGCUCUGGCUCCCUCCUCUGGGGCCAAAUCGUCUGCUUAUACUCCACCAUGUCGCACCCCAACUUCACACAGAAUGUAAAUCACAUGCCUCCGGAGUUGGAAGGGGGCACGAUUCUACAACAUCGUUUCAGUUAUCGGUCUGCAGCUCGGAAUGGUCAGUGGAAAGUUCGACAAUAUAACGAAAGGGUAGGGGAUUUGAUCAGGGAUUCUGAUCACCCAGCAUAUCCCGCAGGUUGGAUCUUGCACCAUGAAGAUAUCGAUCCGAGAAACACACUUGCGAGAGUGCGAGCGUUAGAUGGGACAGGGCCUGGGGCGGACAUCGUGUACAUCGGUCGUUACGACUGGUCCCAUCAUUACCACAGCAGCUUAGAGCCCGAGUUCCAGCAGUGGGCGGAACCUGUCAUUGGUCCCAACGAUCCAGAUCACUUUCAGCAGUGCAAUGUGCGCAAGGGCGGUUACUUGGUUGCCGCCGACGAAGCCGGUUUCGGAUUGGACUUUGUCGCGGCCUACAAACGAGACUGUGAAAGCGGGUUCCUCAACUCCCAUGACAGGUACAACACUUUUCCUAUUGAGAGGGUGUUCCGGAAGAAUGGGGCAAACUUUGGUGCGUUUCUAGGCAUGGCUUACGCAGAGGAAUAUGACUAUGGUUGGCUGGUAUUUUCGGGGGAGCAGCAUCCUGAUCACGGUGUUGAUGAACUUGUGGCAAUCGUUUACUCAAAUGAGCAUAUAGAAGGGACGUAUCACUUUCUGGAAGGAGAUUCGUCUCCUCUGUCAUGA